GGGAUGACAAGUACAAUGGAAAGCAUUUCUAAGCUCAUUUCAGGAUUCUGAGUAACAGUUACCCUGUUCUCUUUAGCAAGCCUACGAAUUUCAUCUUCAUAUUUGACUGAAAGGGUUGUGACUAAGGAUUGCUGCCAAAAUGGGAUCAAAGGAAUCAAAACCAGUUGAGUCCAUCCCAGAUUUUGAUACACCAUGGAGGAGUGUAGACUGGACCAAAAAGGAAGACUUGGAAGAAGAAUUAACAGACAUUCAGCUGAACCAUCCAGAACUCAGACAUGUCAGAAUCCUGCUACAUGGACCAGUAGGAGCAGGGAAAUCCUGCUUCAUAAACUCAGUGCAAAGCGUCUUCAAAGGAGAAAUUAUAACGAUGGCAGGCGAAGAGUCAUGUGCAAACAAAAGCUUCACAAAAAGAUACAAAUCCCACACUUUUAUCAACAGCAAUUCUGAGACUUUGCCGUUCAUCAUCAACGAUGCUUUGGGCCUGGAAAAAGGAGAGAGCAAUGGAAUUGACCCUGAAGAUAUUGUUAGUGCAUUGAAGGGCCAUAUAACAGAAGGCUACAAGUUUAACCCUAUUAGUCCACGGUGUGAGGAAGACCAGGACUUCAUCAGAGAACCCACACUGAAGAACAAAGUUCACUGUCUGGUGAGUGUUGUGCCUGCCAACGCCAUCUCUCGAAUGGACGACAGUCUUAUCCAGAAGAUGAAAUACAUCAGGAAGAAAGCCACUGAUUUGGGCAUCCCGAAUGUGGUUGUUAUGACAAAGGUCGAUGCUGAUGUCUGUCCACUGGUCAACAAAGAUCUCACACAGAUCUACAUAAGCAGGAAAAUCAAAGAAAAGAUGCAGGACUGCGAGAACAGACUCGGCCCACCCAUGAAAAGUAUCUUCCCCGUGAGCAACUAUCAUGAGGAGACUGAAACAAACAACACCAAAGAUGUGCUUAUCCUAACGGCAUUGUUGCAAAUCGUAAAAUGCGCAAAAGAGUAUGUCAGCAGGCAGCAUACCACCCGUGAAUAAUUUGCUAAUAAUUGGCUCUUCUACAUUCUUCUAAAAAUUGAGAAAAACUUGUAACUCGACUUUGACUCAAACAUCUAUGACUCAGACUUUGACUCAGACUUGAGACACAUGACUCAGAAAGACUCAAGUCCCAAAGUGAAUGGCAUCUGGUUGCAGACGGGACACUUGCCAUGUGAAUGGAUUCAUUUGCUGCUGUAAAUUUGAUAACUCAGUCAAGUUCAUUCAUUCAUUCAUUCUUUCAUUCAUUCAUUUUCUAAGCCGCUUAUCCUCCUGGGUUGCAGGGGUGCUGGAGCCUAUCCCAGCGGUCAUUGUGGCAGGAAACACCUGGACAGGCUGCCAGUCCUUAAAUUUAAACAAAGUUAACAAAGUUAAAUUUAAUAGUACUUUGAAAAAUCUUUUCAUGUGUAGUUCACUAAUCGUUGAGUAUAUCUUCAUGUACAUCAUGGUUAUUUGUGUACUAUGGAUUUUGUAUUUUAUUUGGAAGGGUGAAAACAAAAUAAUAAAAAAAAAUUAAUAUUUAGCCACACAUUUCUAACUUACUGUCAGUAAAAAGUGCUAUUACUCCUACCAUUAUUUUUGGUGUUCAGUGUUGAAAUGGCCUUAAAUUAACUUGGGACUCGACUUAAGACUUGCCUGUAUUCACUUGGGACUCGACUUGAGACUUGCCUGUAUUGACUUGGAACUCAAAUUGAGACUGGCCUAAAUUGACUUGAGACUCAACUACAGACUUCCCUAUAUUGACUUGGGACUUGACUACAGACUUGCCUGUAUUGUAAGGGACUCAACUUGAGAUUCUCUUGUACUGACUUUUUACUUGAAUCGAUACUCGACUCUCUUGACUUGGAACUUGACUUGCGACUCAAAUGUCAAGUCUUGAGACUUACUUCUUGCUUGCAACUUCAUGACUUUAAAUUGGCAUUAAGAUCAUAAUCAGAUGAUAAUAUCAUAAAGAUGAUCAGUAUCUAAUUUGCACUAUGUAGUGUUCCCUUUUUCUUUUAUGGCAUGUAAACAAACCCAUGUCAAUGUUGUGUCAGUGAUUUUUCUUUUCUUUAUUUUUUCAGCAUAAGAAUGGUGGCUUAUACUGUACAAAUUGGCUAUUUGAAAUAUUUCCUUAUUGCUCCAUUUAGAUUUGGACUUUUAGCUCAAUGUGGGAUCAACAACCAUUUGUGUGAAACUGCUUAUGUCUUUGCUUU